GCCACGGCCGCCAUGGCAGCGCGGCCCCGCCCGGCGCCCCGGCACGGCCCCACGCGUGGGCCGCCGUUCGGCCUCCGGCGCGACAGGGGGCGCUGUGCUGCGGCGGCGCGGCGGAAGGAGGCCGCCGGCCCGGCGGCCAGGAACUUCCUGCGAGCGGCCGCUCAUGGCUGCCCCUGCGGCACGGCCGCUGUGUGUGUGAGGCGUCCGCCCGCCGCCGCCAUGACCGAGGAGCUGUACGAGAAGUUUCUGGCCCCCGACGAGCCGUGCCCGCUUCUCUCGCACCAGCACCCGCCGCGGGGCGGUAGCCUCAGCCUGAGCGAGGAGGGCUGCCUGGACGUCAGCGACUUCGGCUGCCAGCUCUCGUCCUGCCACCGCACCGACCCGCUGCACCGCUUCCACUCCAAUAGAUGGAACUUGACUUCUUGUGGAACUAGCGUGGCCAGCUCAGAGUGCAGUGAGGAGCUGUUCUCUUCAGUUUCAGUUGGUGACCAGGAUGACUGCUAUUCUCUGCUGGAUGACCAGGAGUUCACCUCUUUUGAUUUGUUCCCUGAAGGCAGUGUCUGCAGUGAUGUCUCCUCCUCGAUCAGCACAUACUGGGAUUGGUCGGACAGCGAGUUUGAAUGGCAGCUGCCUGGCAGUGACAUUACAAGUGGGAGUGAUGUACUUUCUGAUGUUAUACCUAGUAUUCCAAGCUCUCCAUGUCUGCUUCCGAAAAAGAAAAACAAGCAUAGGAAUCUUGAUGAACUUCCAUGGAGUGCAAUGACAAAUGAUGAACAGGUUGAAUAUAUUGAAUAUCUAAGUCGCAAAGUCAGUACAGAGAUGGGCCUUCGAGAGCAACUUGACAUUAUCAAAAUUAUUGAUCCUACUGCUCAGAUAUCACCUACAGAUAGUGAAUUCAUUAUUGAACUAAACUGUCUCACGGAUGAAAAAUUGAAACAGGUGAGAAAUUAUAUCAAGGAACAUGGACCUCGUCAACGAUCUGCGAGGGAAAACUGGAAGAGGAGUAGCUACAGUUGUGCCAGUACCAGUGGUGUGAGUGGUGCCAGCGUCAGCAGCAGCAGUGCCAGCAUGGUCAGCUCAGCAAGCAGCAGUGGUUCUAGUGUUGCUAACUCUGCUUCAAAUUCAAGUGCCAACAUGAGUCGAGCGCACAGUGAUAGUAAUUUGUCUACAAGUGCUGCAGAAAGAAUCCGGGAUUCAAAAGUAAAAACGUUCCAAGCAACGGAAAUUACAACAAAAAGCCUUACGCAAGAGACAGCUGAAAGAGCAAAGACAAGCUCGUAAGGAAAGACUGAGUGGAUUAUUUCUUAAUGAAGAAGUGCUCUCUUUAAAAGUGACUGAGGAGGACCAUGAAGGAGAUGUGGACGUUUUAAUGUGACAGGGGUGAAUUUAUCAGUGUUCUUUCUAAGCCUUAAAUGUAUUAUUGUUUACACGUAUUUCUCGACCAAAUUUUGAUUAAUGUUAACAGUAUAAACCAGAUCUUUCCUCAAGUAUAAUUUUUAUAACAUGUUCUAGGAGUUGAGUAACUUCAGCUUUUUGAGACUUAAUUUUGCAACUAAGACUUCAGAAACUUAAUUGACUUCUGAAAAGCUGCUGAGUAGAUAGUUGUUAAGGAAAACUGAACUUGGCUGACAUGCUAGUUUCUUGCAAGGCAUAUACCUAGGGAUGCUUUUGGAUGACACUAAGUAUGCAGUUCUAUAUUCCAGCUUUUUUUGUUUUCGCUUAGUUUGUGUUAUUAAACUUGGCUUGUUUUGUCUCUUUCUUUCCUGUUGUUAGGAAAGUUGUUUAGCUUGAGGGGGGGGGGGAAAACCAAACAGGCUUUAAUUCUAUAAGGCUUUCUUUAGUCUUUUUGUUGGGUCAUAUAAAAUCAAAAUAGUGUGAUAAAUCCCAUUUCUAGUAGAUGCUGAUUACCUCAAACUACAUAGAAAGUAAGAAGCAGGACUUCUAAUGCAGAAAAUCUGUAUACAGAAAUAAUGCCUAAUUGUAUAGUUGUUCAAGAAGCAGUUAAAUUAAAAAAAAAAAGACACAAAAAAAAUACAAUUUGCAAACUUAGCCUUUGAAGAAUUGUUUUGCUGCUCAAUGUCUUAGUCUGAUCAACAGUAAAGGCUGACCAGUACAUCCCGAGGAUUGCUGGAAAGAGAUUCAAAUGAAAUACCUUUAUGCAUUAAAAGUACAUUAAUCUUCAAUAGGGUUGUCUAGGACGCUGCUUAGAAUAGUUAAAAAUGCUACUGGAAAUAGAUGUGCAAACAAGAGGCACACAACUUUGGUGUUUUUCCCUGGAUUUAUAUAAAAAUAAAUUCAUCUUGUAAGCAAGAGAGCUUAGGCAUAGACGUAGCUACGUCUUUUCUAAUUGUAUGCUUACUCCUUUUGCCACCCAGCUGAGGAUGAGUCUUCCAUGUGGGUUGCACCGUUCCCAGCAUGCUUCAGAAUCCUGCUUUUGAAGUAUCUCUUAAAAUUGUGAUUUACAGGUAGGGAGGUAAAAUUAGUAGUUCUAACGUGUUUCCUCAUAAUGACCAUCUGUAAAGUGACUCCUGUCCUUAUCUUAGAACUACUUGUUAACAAUAUUCCUUCCCCCAGCACCUGAGAUAAAAUUGUAAGAGGUUAUAAAAGUUAUUUUCUAGUUCUAAGUUUGGGAACGUGAUUUUUUUAGUUACUUUUUUUUUUAAUCCUGAUGCUUUACUGCUUUCAUUUUGCUCUCAUUAAUUAAUGAGUUUAGUGUAGUCACAGCUGCCUGUAAAUGCAGCAUAUAGCCCAAUCCUGCAGAACUGCACGAUCCACUUUGUAUAGGUUUGGGGCUGCUCACUCAUUUUGCAUGUCUUACUCACACUUGUUUGCCAUGACAGCUAAAUUUUGUUCAUUUCAGAGGUGGCAUUCCAUAUAGCCCUGAAAUAAACCCAUAAAAUAUCUGCACAAUGGCUUCUGAAAGGGCUUCAAUAAUAUAUAAAAUGAAGUCCAUAAUUUAACCAGUACAAGUGAACUUAGUCACUCUCAUUGCUGCCAGACUUAGCCACUGAUAAAAAGAUACGUAAUGUCAUUUUAAACUUGAAUGUUAGCUGCUCUAUAUUGCCCAUCAUUUGGCUGUUAACCAGAACUGUUUCCUGUCAGUAUUCACUUGCACUGCACUAUAACUGGUUGAUACUUCUCUUCCUUCUGUAGAAGCAAUACUAAAAAGUUUUUAGCAGCAUACAAAUAUGCAGUGCCUCAGGAUGGUGGAGUUUGAAAGAGUGUCAUUUCAUUCUGUUUCAGUAGGCCUUCAGAGUUUAAAUUCCUCGGGCUUUGCUGACAGCUGGACCCUCUUGUUUUGAUGGGAUGCCUGUCUGCUAGCUUCCUGAGGUUAUUAAAUGAGGGAGGAUAGUGUUUCCAUCUUGAUCUUAGUGCAAGCACGUAAGUAUAAAUUAAUCAAAGUGAUUAAAUUAUUCCAAUUACUCACCUGCUGUAUUGGAGAAAAGUUCCUGGGUGCCAUGGUAGCUGGGUGGGGGUAGGUCAUCUCCAGCUGGGUACUUCCAUGGCUUCAGUUCAGACAAAUGAAUAGAAAAGUGUGGGUUGACAGGGGUGCCAUGUUAAUAACUUACAGCCCUAUAAUCUCACGGUUCCGGAGCGAUUUUAACCUGAGAAUACAAAACGAGGAAUGCUCUGAUCUGAACAUUCAUAACUUCUUGCUCACCUCUGUGCUUAGUACUUGGCAUCUCUGAGAAUCACACUAGGAAUAGCUGUGGGAUUCAGACUGCAUCACGUAAUUCUACACGCACUCUUUUUUCUUUUACAUCCUUCUUAGUUUCUAAUGACACCCUAAUUUUGAGUAGGGCUGAGAUGUGUUUUUUCUCAGAUUCUGUGAAAUACUGUAUGCUUAAAAUUCGUAUUGGAUUCCUGUGGCAUUUGUCAGUUGAAACUGUCGUUAAGCCUCAUCUUGCUGAUUCAAGUGUAAGCCAUUGUAGCUGCUGCUUUGUUUUACAGGAGGCUAUCUACAGCUUGCUGGGUUCAGAUAGCUGCAGAACAACAACAGAUGGUUAAAAUUCAGGCUUAUUUUGUAGUGUGUUUUAAAAAAAAAAAAUCAGAAUUCUACUUUUAAUUCAUUGAAGGAAAAUGUCAUCUUUUAAAAGCAAAAUAGAAGCACACAGGAAAAAAAAAUAAUAGUUGUGUUGCUCCAUGGUACUGAAGCUGUGUAACUAUGUGCUUUGUACCCACUGUAAUACAAGUGUAAUUAUUUAAGCUCUGUAACAUUAAUGGUUUGCUUCCAUGGUAACUUUUUCUCUAAAAAGGCUUAGAAGGAGCACUGAAAGUCUGAUUGCAAUAAGACUGUAAACAAUAGAGAACAUUCUUUUCUAAUAUAAUUUUAAAUAUAAGGAAGAAAGCUAGCUGCCUGACAAACCUGUCUAAUCUGUGUGUGUAUCUAAUGUCACCCUUUGUCUCUGUUAAGACAUGAACUAUUUUGCUUUAUGUGGGAAGCUGGUUAAAAGAUCGUAUGCUCAGUAUGGGGUGCUUACUAAGAACAGUAAGCAAGGUGUUUGCAAGGUUUUCCCAGGUUUAACUUUUAGUUCUCAUAUUGUGGUUUGAAACCUGUGAAGAUCAUUCUUUGGGGGGGGGAAAAAAAAAAAAACUGUUUGAAUUUAUUCAUAUGUAUUUACAACAGAGCGCAUAUAUGGUAUAGGAGCAUAUAAAAUGGCAAUAUUUACUAUUCAUCUAUGCUGAAUGGCCUGAAGCCAUUUCUUUUCUCUUAACACUCUUUGAGCUUUGAAUUCAGUUGAUGCGUUGGUCUAUAAAUACUAAUAAACCUGACUGUUUCGGGGGUCUGAGGUUCAUUCUUACAAGCCAAUUUUUCACGGCUCAUGUUAGAUUGAUUUGUUUAAAAUUCUUGAGCUUAUGAAUCUUGCAGUUCUUGGGUGCAGGAAGGACCUAGUCAACGCGCUAUGUUCCAUUUAAGGAUUGCAAAGUCAAGUUAUUAAUCUAUCAAGCGCAAAUGUUAAUAAUAUUCAAAGCUUGCCUGUUUUAACUGUUAACUCUGAUUACUCAUACUUGCAUUCUCUCUCAUCUGGCUAACUUUAAAAUAUUUCCAAAUUAUAAAUAAAUUCUUCAAUUAAAAAAGUGA